AUGGGGCGUGGCCGUCGACGGCAACAACAACGAUGGCACUGUUCGUCCACGUUCGUCACCGAGAUGUCCGUCGAUCCGAGCACGCUUACGCCUUUCAGGGAUACUGCCGCGAACGCUUCUCUGAGACAGAUCUCCGACGAUGCUUUCUAUGUCGUCAAUGAGGUAGUAAUGAAGCGUCUUGGCCAUGUGCCAAUUCACAAGGGUGAUUUCCACUUACUCCCACCAAAGGUCCAGAAAUUCAUCGCUGAAAAAACCGAAUUGAUGCGCCCGCGUGGUAUUUACAUCUGCGAUGGAAGUCAACAUGAGGCAGAUGAGAUUAUUAAUAAGCUUAUUGAACGUGGUAUGCUCUCACCAUUGAAAGCAUACGAGAAUAACUAUAUUUGUCGCACGGAUCCUAAGGAUGUUGCUCGGGUGGAAUCAAAGACAUGGAUGGUGACACCAGACAAAUAUCAAACCGUUACACAUACUGCACCAGGUGUUGAGCCAAUGAUGGGACAUUGGAUGUCUCCAGAGCAACUCAGCUCCGAACUCGAUACUCGAUUCCCCGGCUGUAUGGCUGGCCGUAUCAUGUACGUAAUUCCUUUCUCUAUGGGUCCUGUCGGAGGACCGUUGUCGAAAAUUGGCGUUCAGCUUACUGACUCCAACUAUGUAGUGCUUUCGAUGCGCAUCAUGACCCGUGUAUCUCCCGAAGUAUGGGAUGCACUUGGCGACAAUGAUUUUGUACGCUGCAUUCACUCUGUAGGAUUGCCGAGACCAGUAAAACAGCGUGUUAUCAAUCACUGGCCGUGUAACCCUGAACGUGUGCUGAUUGCUCAUCGACCAGCCGAAAGAGAGAUCUGGUCAUUUGGAUCAGGUUACGGAGGAAACUCAUUGCUUGGCAAGAAAUGCUUUGCCCUGCGUAUCGCUUCGAACAUAGCCAAAGAUGAAGGAUGGAUGGCUGAGCAUAUGCUUAUAAUGGGUGUCACAAGGCCUGAUGGCAAGGAACACUUCAUUGCUGCUGCUUUCCCAUCAGCUUGCGGAAAGACCAACUUGGCUAUGCUUGAGCCUACCGUUCCCGGAUGGAAGGUCCGAUGUGUCGGUGACGAUAUCGCUUGGAUGAAAUUCGGCGAUGAUGGAAAACUCUACGCUAUCAAUCCUGAAGCUGGCUUCUUCGGAGUAGCACCAGGUACUUCAAACAAAACCAAUCCAAUGGCUGUAGCAACAUUCCAAAAGAAUUCGAUAUUCACCAAUGUGGGUGAAACUGCCAAUGGCGAGUACUUCUGGGAAGGUUUGGAGGACGAGAUUAAGGACAAGAACGUCGACAUGAUUAACUGGCUUGGCGAGAAAUGGCACAUUGGCGACCCAGGAGUCUGUGCGCACGCGAACUCACGUUUUGCCGCUCCCGCUUCGCAAUGCCCCAUCAUUCAUCCCGACUGGGAAAGUCCAAAGGGUGUCCCCAUCGAUGCAAUCGUCUUCGGUGGUCGUCGUCCAACUGGUGUACCUCUAGUAUAUGAAACAAGGUCGUGGCAUCAUGGUAUCUUCACUGGAGCGUGCCUGAAGUCCGAAGCUACUGCUGCAGCUGAGUAUAAGGGGAAGACCGUCAUGCACGACCCCAUGGCUAUGCGUCCAUUCAUGGGCUAUAACUUUGGCCACUACUUGCAGCACUGGAUUGAUCUGAACAAACCAGGAAGAAAGGUACCUGGAAUCUACCAUGUGAACUGGUUCCGUCGAGACGCUAAUAACAAAUUCCUCUGGCCCGGAUAUGGUGAGAAUAUCCGUGUAAUCGACUGGAUUAUCCGCCGACUGGACGGCGAAGCCGAAAUUGGCGUGGAAACUCCGAUCGGUGUCGUACCAAAGAAGGGUUCGAUCAGAGCCGAUGGUCUUCCCGACAUUAACUGGGACGAACUCAUGUCAGUACCUCAUGAAUAUUGGAUUGAAGAUGCCAAAGAAGUCAGAAAAUUCUUGGAGGAACAGGUGGGUCCCGAUCUCCCGAAAGAAAUUCGUGCCGAAAUGGACGCACAGGAAGAGCGCAUCAAGAAUUCAGCAUAAACCUCAUUAUGAUUAAGUGCUUCUUUUUUUGCAUGUUCUCUUUUUUUGUCAAAAUUCUAAUUGAGCGUUAGAUAGCUCUUGUUUCUAGUUGAGUAAUGCGUAGAGUACUGUUAUAUAUUGAACAUACUUGUUUAUGAAUGCUUUCGAUAAAUAUCUUAAUAUUCAA